AUGUAUGCAUUGCCUACUAGUGCUAACUGUGCCUGUUACCUAUGCGUACCGCCUGACCCAGGCAUAGAGCCUGCUGCUCUACGUGCUAGUGAGGCUGCUGCUCUAGGGGCUAGUGUGUCUCCUGCUCUAGGUACGGGUGAGACUGCUGCUCCAGGUGCUGGUGAGUCUGCCCUCUCUGGUACUGCGCCUGCUCAAGCCUUGUACACCUUCACACUUGACUCUGGUGCUUCUCGCUCCUUCUUUCGCGACAGCACCACCCUCACACCGCUCAGUCGGCCGGUUUCAGUCUGUUUGGCAGACCCCUCUAGGGGUCCAGUCCGUGCGACCUCUUCUACUGUCCUCCCUUGUCCUGCUGUCCAGUCCGGCACACUGUCGGGUCUUCACCUCCCCUCGUUCUCUACGAACUUGGUGGCGGCAUCUGCGCUCCAGGCCGCGGGUGUUCACCAGUUCACCCCUGCCUACGAACGUGUGACACACUGCACGUGUGCUCAGACGGGUCGUCACCUGGCUACCUUCACUCGGCAGCCGGGGUCGGACUUGUACACACUGACCACUGAGUCACCUCAGGGGCGGCAGUGCACCGCUCCUCACUCCUCCUCGUUCCCUCCCACAGAGGCUCCCCUGCAGACUCUCCACCUGGACGUGUGGGGCCCAGCCCACGUCCGUGAACAGGGCCACGAGCGGUACUUCCUGCGGGUCGUCGACGAGUACACGUGUUACACCACGGUCUUCCCCUUGCGCACCAAGGCCUUCUUUGAGGAGCAUGACAUCACCCAGCUGUUGACGCUUCCGGCCUCUCCGCAGCAGAAUGGGGUUGCUGAGCGCCGCAUUGGCUUGGUCAUGGAGGUCGCUCGUACCUCCAUGAUCCAUGCGGCUGCCCCCCAUUUUCUGUGGCCGUUUGUGGUCCGGUUGGCGAUGCCUUUCCGUGAUACCACCGCGGACAAGCUCUCCGCCCACGCUGUUCCCUGUGUCUUCCUUGGCUUUGUCCCUGACGCGCUUGGUUGGCAGUUUUACCACCCCACCUCGCGCCAUGUCUUCCCUUCUCAGGACGUCACGUUCGACGAGUCGGUUCCCUUUUACCGUCUCUUCCCCUACCGCACUACCCCUCUCCCCUCCCCGCCGCUCUUCCUCGCUCCAGGUGCUCCCCAGGUAGACCCCCUCCCCACUCCCGGUCCUGCUCCUUCAGGUGUGUCUCAGGUAGACCCUCCUCCCUUGACUGCGCCGGUUGAGGUCACGGGUGACUCAGGUCCUGCUGAGGGUGGUCCUGCUCGGGGUGCUACUUCUGGGGGUGCUGAGCCUGGGGGUGCGGAGCCUGGGAGUGCUGAGCCUGGGGGUGCGGAGUCUGGAGCUGCUGAGGGUGCUGGAGCUGGGGGUUUUGGAGCUGCUGCGGGUGCUAGCGCUGGAGGUUCUGGAGCUACUGCGAGUGCUGGCGCUGGAGGUUCUGGAGCUGCUGCAGGUGCUGGCGCUGGAGGUUCUGGAGUUGCUGCAGGUGGUGGCGCAGGAGGUUCUGGAGCUACUGCGGGUGCUGGCGCUGGAGGUUCUGGAGCUGCUGCGGGUGCUGGCGCUGGAGGUUCUGGAGCUGCUGCGGAGGCUGACGCUGGAGGUUCUGGAGCUGCUGCGGGUGCGGGCGCUGAGGGUUCUAAGUCUGCUGUUGCGCUGUCUCCCUGGAGUAGCUGCCUUCGUCCGCGUGUGCCUCUCACCUCACAGCAGCUGCAUGACUGGUACGGUCCCCGUCAGGGUCGCGCUUCUGGAGCUCGGGGCUCUGCCACUGGAGGUGUUUCUGCUAUCGUCACUGGAGCUGGGAGUGGUGCUGGUCCCGAAGGUGCUCGUAUUGGAGGUACUGGAGCUGCUGGGGCUGGAUGUGCUGCUGAGCCUGAGGGUGCUGCUGCUGGAGACCCAAGGUCUGGGGGUGCUGCUGCUGGAGACACUGAGGCUGAAGACCCUGGGACUGGAGGCGCUGGUUCUGGGGGUGCUGCUGCUGGUGGAGCUGGUCCUUGA